CUUAUUGUAACGAAGGGCGUGUGUUAUACACUGAUAAUUGGUAUACGUCUCUACAACUGUCAGACUACUUACAUGACAGAAAUACUGGUCUUUGUGGAACUGUAAAGAAAAAUCGUAAAGAAAUGCCAACUCUUAGUUCAAAGCUAAAUCGUGGUGAAACAGAAGUUGCCCACACCGAUUCUUGGAUGGUAAUCAAAUGGAUGGAUAAAAAGGAAGUUUAUGUAUUGACAAGUAUUCACGAACACCAGUUUUGUAAAACUGGUAGGAAAAACUACAAAACCAAUGAAGAUAUUAUAAAACCCGUUUGUAUCGUGGAUUAUAACAAAAAUAUGGGCAAAAUCGAUGAUAUCGACAGACAAUUAUCUUUGACAGAAUCUAUUAGAAAAUGUAUGAAAUGGUAUAGAAAAUUGUUUUUUCAUUUGAUUGAUUUGAUAUUGAUAAAUUCCCACAGUUUAUUCAAGAUGCUCACUAAAAAUGCGAUUUUGUUUCCUGAUUUUCGAUUGAGCGUCGUAAGAGAUAUUUUGAAAGUAAAUUCUCAAGAAGUUUCAUCAUUUAUUUCGUCUAAUUUUAGACUAAAUGGACGACAUUUCCCCAGAAAAAUUCAAGCUUCAGAUGAUAGUAAAACGGUAUCACGUCAAUGUGUUCUAUGCAGUAUACACAAAAAGAGAAGUCGAUCAUCAUAUGAGUGUAAAGUAUGUUGUAAAACUUUAUGCAUUGAACUUUGCUUUGAAAUUUAUCACACCAAACGAUCAUUGUCGUAA